GAGAACCCUACGAGGUUGACGUCAAUACACCUUUGAUAAACAACAGUUUGAGGGAAGAGCAGCAGCAUUUAAGUCAUGGCCAUAGCUGGACCUCCUGGACUGGAGUUUGACCAUAAUUGGCCUGAAUCAGCAGAGUGUCUCACCCUAGACUUUGGCCCUUUUGAGACCGUGCACAGAUGGAAGUGUAUGCCAGAAUGUGAUGAAUUCGUGGGUGCCAGACGAAGCAAGCACACAGUAGUGGCAUAUAAGGAUGCCAUAUAUGUGUUUGGAGGUGACAAUGGCAAGUGGAUGUUGAAUGAUUUGCUGCGUUUUGAUGUUAAAGAGAAGUCGUGGGGACGAGCAUUUUCUACAGGAACACCUCCAGCUCCACGCUACCAUCAUUCAGCAGUGGUACACGAAUCUUCAAUGUUUGUGUUUGGAGGGUUUACAGGUGACAUCCAUAGCAAUAGUAACCUCAAGAACCAGAAUGACCUCUUCGAGUAUCGCUUCCAGACAGGACAGUGGAUAGAAUGGAAAUUUACUGGCAGAGCACCAGUACCUCGGUCAGCACAUGGAGCAGCAGUAUAUGAAGGAAAGUUGUGGAUUUUUGCUGGCUACGAUGGAAACUUCAGACUCAAUGACAUGUGGACUAUUCCUCUUGGG